AUGCACACAGUUUACUUAUGUCAUGCAAAGAAAUUACUUGUUCGUAUUCAACCGGUAAUUACAAAAGAAAACAUCUUAAAAAUUAAUCAAAAACUUCAAUCAAUAAACUAUAUUCAUGAUAUUCUUCGACGACCACGUUCAUUUUCAAAUGUGAAGAAAUGGAAAACGUCUGAAGUACGAUUAUUUAUUCUUUGCAUUGGUUUAGCGAUAUUUGCUGAAUUUUUAUCGGAAGAAAUCAUCGGAGAUUUAGCACUUUACAAUAUUAUUCUUCGCCUUCUACAUGAUUAUUGGGAUAAUGAUAAAAACUUAAAUGAUUCAAUUGUUUCUUUAUUAAAAAUUUACAUCAAGAAUCUGUCGAACAAAGUUGAUUGUGAUUUAUAUCCACCAGAAUUACUUACGAUUUCAACUCAUACUCAUCUUCAUCUCCCGUUACAAUGUAGAAAAUUUGGUCGUUUAAAUUGGUUAACAAACUUUGCAUUCGAAAGUUUUCUUGGUUAUUUGAAAGCAUUCGUUAAAGGUUCAUCAGGAGCUGGAAACAAAUUGCUUUUGCAUUUAUUUCAAACUUCUUUAUUCUAA